AUGUCCUCCAAACGCAAGUGGGAUCAGGCAGCUCCCGAGGCCUCAGACAGUGAUACUCCAGUCAAAGCCCCCAAGACAGAGGAGGGAAAGUCUGCUUCCGAAGCGGCUGCAGCAGCGGCAGCGAUCGCUGCCAAAAUCGCCGCCCAGUUUGCAGGAGCAGGAUCCGGAGGAGGCACACCCGGCCAGAAGGAUCCGCACGACGGGGACUACAUACACGACAUCGACAUCAAUGACGUGCGCAACAGGUAUCUCUUGACCAAGGGGUCGACGCAGACCCAGAUUCAUGAAGAAACUGGAGCUUCCGUCAGUACCAAGGGGACGUGGUAUCCGGAUAGGUCCAAGGCGACGGAGAAGGACCCACCGUUAUAUCUCCACAUAUCCGCAACGACCCAGGAGAUCCUCGACAAGGCGAUCGAAAAGGUGAACGAGCUCAUCGCGAUGGACAUGGGUUCUCUCGUCGAAGACAAGAAGGAUCGGUUGCGAGAAAAGCGCAAAUGGCCCGAGGAGAAACUUCCCGUUGGCAUCGAUACGAUUCGAAACUUCAACGUCCGAGCGAAGGUGGUCGGCCCUUCGGGCAUGUUCGUCAAGUACAUCCAACAGGAGACAGGGACCCGUGUACAAAUCAAGGGCAUCGGUUCUGGGUUCGUCGAUCAAGAUACGGGACACGAGCACGACGAGCCAAUGUUUAUUCACGUCACAGGUCCGGACGAAGGCCAAGUCGCGCGAGCGAAGGUGCUGACGGAGGACCUACUCGAGGUCGUGCGGGCAGAGCACACGAAAGUGAAGGCGGUCCUGCAGCAGCAGCAAAUGGAGCUGCACCAAGCACAGAUCCAGUACGCUGCCUACAGUGCUUACGCCGGUUACGCGCCCCCACAACCGGGCAGUGCGCCGCCGCCUCCGCCGCCGGGCGAGCAGCCGCCACCGCCGCCACCAGACGGCAGUGCGCCUGCUGGGGCAUCUCCGGGACAAGCUGGCGCGGCGCCAAACGCGAGCGACGCAGACGCAUACGCGGCUUAUUGGGCUGCAUAUGGCUACGAUGUCAACUCGCCGGAGUUCAAGCAAUGGCAGGCUCAGCAACAGCAACAGUACGCGCAGUAUUAUGCUCAGCAGGGUUAUACGGGGGCUGCGCCCACCGAUGAUGCGCAGGCUGCUGGAGGGGCUCCGCCGCCGAAUGAUCCAGCACCUCCUCCACCUCCUCCUGCUUGA